AUGCCAAACCUUACCAGAUUUUCUAAGUAUGCGUUGGUUGUACUCAUCGUACUUCUGACAGUAGCACUAUGGAGACCAUCAGAACUGCCACCAAAAAUAUCAGAAUACUUAUCCCAAAAUGGUGAUGGUCUCAAAGAUGGACCAAGCCCAUCCGAGCUGCUCCCACCAUCGAACAUCAAGCUUCCAUUCUCCAGCUCGCUCUCGUUCCCUAAAUUCGGUAAAAUCACUGCAACGUUUGGAGAACCUGAUCCUCCAUAUGAAAACGCUAUAGCAUCACAUAAACUCCACAACGAAAUCCAUGGGUACCCACACUUUAUCCUCCGCGAGAGAAUGCUUCGAGGUCUAUGGUCCAAGCACGCCUACAUCAUGACUAUCAUCGGAAACGAACUUGCAAAGCCAAAAGAUGAGCGAUUAGCCUGGGUCCUAUGGCAUGAUCGCGAUACAGUGCUGAUGAACCCGCAAAUUCCUCUGGAUAUUUUUGUUCCCCCUUCACCAGCAUUCGAUAAUAUCCACAUGCUAGUUACGAACGACAGGAACGGCCUGAACAACGGGGUUUUCCUAUGCCGGGUAUCGAGUGCGAGUUUUAAAUUCUUUGCAAGUGCAUUGAGUAUCAGAGAGUACCAACCCGAGAUACAGUUGAAGUAUACCGAGCAGUCGGGAAUGGAAGAGGUCGUUAAACGUGACAAUUGGAAUAAUACUGUAGCAUAUGUGCCUCAGCGUUGGUUCAACGGCUUCCCGCCUACCAAGAAGGAUCUAGCAGCGGGCAAGCCAUCAGCAUCCCGUCCAGGAUCCCUACUGAUUCACUUUGCCUCUAAUCGUGAUGGGAAGAGGCCAGAACGAAUGGCGCAUUGGAGCGCGAUUGCAAAGAAGAGAACAGCGGCGUGGGACAAGCCUGUUGAGGAUACAGGGUACGCGAAGGAAAUUAUGGAGUAUUGGGAGAGAUUAGGGAAGGGGGAGAGUCAGCAGAGUAUCAUCGAGGAUAUUGAGGGUCGUAUUUGGGAUUGA